AUGGUUAUUUUGAAUAUUGCAUUUCCACUGAAGAAUACUAGUGAACUUUAUCCACCAAAUAAACAUUGCAAGUGGAAAAUUAAAGCAACAUCUAACUUUGUAAUAAACUUCAACAAGUUUCUCUUACAAAAUGCCUCACAAGUGGAUAAUAAAUGUUUAGACUAUUUGCAUAUACAAGGAGAAUAUUUAUCUACCUACUAUUGUGGUAAUUCAACUGGUUUCAAACUUCCUAUUGAUGAUUCGGAAAAGUCCAUUAUUCUAAGCUUCCAUAGUGACGAAUUUUUUGAAUACCCUGGAUUCAAUAUAACAAUUCAACAUCAACAAACGUGUAACAACAGCUACACUAAAUUAAAUGACCACAUCGAUUAUUAUAGGGGUACAUUUGAAGAGGUACAGUGUGUGGAUGAUAUACGUGUGCCGGAUGAUUACAAAAUAAGUUUCUACAUGCAAUCAAUAUUUUUUAACACAUAUAACUGCUCCACCAGUUUUCUUAAGUUUAUUGACUUGCAUACAAAUCAAACAUUAUUGGAGACAUGUCAAGACAGAUUUACUUACAGUUCUCUACAUACAAACACAAGUGCUGUACGAAUAUAUGUAGACCAUUUCAGUUAUAUAAAAAUUGAGUAUAUAGCAGUUAAUCGGUCGUUACCAGCAGGUUGUGGUGGAGAAAUAUACAACAAUGAUGGAGUACUAUCAAGUCCUUAUUAUGAUAACGAUCGUAACUUUUCUAAUUGUAGAUGGGAUAUAAAAGUACCUUCACCAAACUACAUUCGCAUUUAUUUUUCCAGUUUUGAUAUGGGAUCCAAAGUAAAUUGUCCGCUGGAUAAUGUAACCAUUUAUAAAAUUUUACCUAAUGGUUAUGAAGAAGUAUUUUUAACUCUAUGCGGCCAAAAUUGGGCAGGAGCUUGGGAUGCUGUAAAAAUACCUAGUAGUCACAUUGCAAUUGUUUCGAAGAAAUCACCUAACUUCGAUGGAUCUGGAUGGACAUUAAAUUUUUACACAUAUGAUGAACGAUCUAAAUUUGAAAAAAAAUUAUUUCUCGAUGAGAGUAGUAUACCAAUUUAA